AUGGCGAGCGGACAAGAGGAAUUCAGUGUGAGGGCCGGCCAAAUCGUGGGACAAGCACAAGUGAAGAGGGAAGACAAGACCAACUCUGCUCAAGCUUCAGGCUUUUUCCAGGAGAAAGGUGAGAAAGUGAAGAACAUGGCACAUGGAGCAUCAGAGGCAGUGAAGAACACAUUAGGAAUGAAGAAUGACAACAAUGAUUAUUAUAAGAACAAGAACCCUUUGGACAGGAAGAACCCUAACAACACAACCUGUCCAAGCAUGCCUGGUCAUCCUCCUUCCGAUAUUUAA